AUGUAAGUUCACUCAGGAUAUUAUGAACUAGAUUAAAAGCCAACAAUUAUGUCAAUGACUCAAGCAAGCAUUGGCUCACUAAUCAGAAAAGAUCAAUUAUCGCUGCCAUUGAUCAAUUAAGAAACUCUUGAAAUCUAGGUUAAUUUCAAAAGAGAUAGAAUAUUCGUCUAUGCAUAAAAUGAGCUAAAGAUGUUUGAUAUUCAUUUAGAGAAAGAAUUCGACAGUAUUAGAACUGAUAGAUAUUCAACUAGCAGAUUCCACUUACAUACUGAUAAGAGAUUAAUAUUCUUUGAGGGAUGUUAGUCUAAGAUCAAAGUGUUUGAAAUUUCCAGCAAUAAAUUUAAGCUGAUAUAAACUAUUCUUAGUUGUCAAUUGAUAAAAGGAUUCCUUGCCUUUAGUCCCAAAAUAUUUGGAUACUUUGAUUAAAAUUUGAUACUUUAUAAAUAUGACAAUGAAAGCUAGAUUUAUACAAGAAUAAUGAUUUCAAGAAUUCAUCCUCAUGAUGUCCAUUUGAGUGAUUAUUCAUAAUCUCUCUCUAAUUACUACGAACCUAGAGAUAAUAGAAAGUUUUAUUGA